AUGACUGAGCCUCCAGCAAAGCGACCCCGUCGCGUCGACAGCAAUGCAAUGUGGGAAAUGAAUGACUCCCAGACUCGUCCCACAAACUCAGGUGCAGAGGCGGACCAAAGGCGCUCACCUGCGCCCCGAGGCUCGCGUGAAGAUCGUCGAUACAGGUCGCGCUCUCGAGACCGAACAAUCACAAGGCGAGAACGGAGCUGGUCUCGAGAUCGCCGCGACCGUGACAGAAGGGACAAUCGAGAUCGGGAUGGCCGGGGGCCUAGGGAACGAAAGAGGAGUACUAGCCGAGACCGUGGCCAUGAUCGUGGCCAAGAUCGAAGAGGAUAUGCACCCAAACACGAUAAGUUCCGCGAACGUUCUCGCUCACGAUCACCCGCUGGAAACGGUUCCCGCCCAACCCGAUCACCUCCGCCUCGAGGAAACAAAGAUGACCGUCGGCCUGGUCGCCGAGAGCCCCGGGCCCAAGGAGAUGGACGGAAGGCCAAUGGCGCCAAUGCCAAAGAGGAGGAGAUGGAUAUUGACUUCAAGGAGGAUGCGGAUGAAGACGAGAUGGAAGCGAUGAUGAGAAAGGCUAUGGGAUUCAGUAGGUUCCGAAGCACCAAAAACACCAAAGUACCUGGGAAUGAUAUCUACGGUGUGCGCAAGGAGAAGAAGACGGAAUACCGCCAGUACAUGAACCGUACAGGCGGUUUUAACCGGCCACUCAGCCCGUCACGAUAG